AUGGUUGCCAUUAUCUCCAAGAAGAGAAAGCUUGUCGCUGACGGUGUUUUCUACGCCGAAUUGAACGAAUUCUUCACCAGAGAAUUGGCUGAAGAAGGUUACUCUGGUGUCGAAGUCAGAGUUACUCCAACCAAGACCGAAAUUAUCAUCAGAGCUACUAAGGUUCAAGAUGUUGUUGGUGAAAAUGGUAGAAGAAUCAACGAAUUGACCUUGUUGAUUGAAAAGAGAUUCAAGUACAAGCGUGGUACCAUUGCUUUAUACGCUGAAAGAGUCCAUGACCGUGGUUUGUCCGCUGUUGCUCAAGCUGAAUCCAUGAAGUUCAAAUUGUUGAACGGUUUGGCCAUCAGAAGAGCUGCUUACGGUGUUGUCAGAUACGUUAUGGAAUCUGGUGCCAAGGGUUGUGAAGUUGUCAUCUCCGGUAAGUUGAGAGCUGCUAGAGCCAAGUCCAUGAAGUUCGCUGACGGUUUCUUGAUCCACUCCGGUCAACCAGUCAACGACUUCAUUGAAACCGCUACCAGACACGUUUUGUUGAGACAAGGUGUUUUGGGUAUUAAGGUUAAGAUCAUGAAGGACCCAUCUAGAAACACCUCUGGUCCAAAGGCUUUGCCAGAUGCUGUUACCAUCAUCGAACCAAAGGAAGAAGAACCAGUUUUGGAACCUUCUGUCAAGGAUUACAGACCAACUGAACCAGUUGAAGCUGCUGAAUCUGCUUAA